AUGAAGUCAGCGCCAAAAGGUGACAAUUUCGGACUGAUUGCCCCGUCCUCUCUGAGCUUCCGAUCUGUACAGCGAUCAAUGCCUUCUUUGGCGUUUUUACUCCCGGAUCCGCGACUAUGGCCUCCGACCGAGCAGUUGAUCAUCACCCCAAACAAAAAUUAUUCGGCUCAUGAUUACAAAGAAUUUUUCCACGAUAUCAACUACACUUUAGGUAAGUUAUUCAGUUCAAGUUGCUCAGUAUCACUUUGA